AUGUAUCCUUACGCGAUCAGCUUUGUCCCGAAAAGUCAAUCCGGGAUACAAACUGUGCGACGACACUGUGUUGAUGGGACGAUUCCCGUGUGUCGACCAAAGGCCAAGAAACUUGAAAAGUGGCAACGAAAAAGACUUGCAUCUCCGAGACUGGUAAACUUUGCAGACUGA